AGAGGGUAAAAGCGGGUACUUAGACGGGGUCAAAAAAACAUGGCUAAACCUCUUGAAAAAGUUUGUCUUAUAUGUAUUGAUGGAUGGGGAAUUAAUCCAAAAGAAAACAGCAAAGGAGAUGCAAUUGCAGCAGCAAAUAUACCUAUUAUGACCGAUUUAAUGAGAAAAUAUAGUUAUAUGGAGCUUGAAGCACAUGGAAAUGCAGUUGGACUUACAGAGGGCUUGAUGGGAAAUUCAGAAGUAGGACAUUUAAAUAUAGGAGCAGGACGUAUUGUAUGGCAAGAUUCAGUUAGGAUUGAUCAUACGAUAAAAAACAAGGGUUUUAUUAAGGUAGAUGCUAUAGUAUCAUCAAUGAAGCGAUGUAAAGCAGGGAAUGGACGAUUUCAUAUUUUAGGAUUGGUUUCUGAUGGAGGGGUUCAUUCUCAUAUAAAUCAUCUUUUUCAUCUUUUAGAAACAGCAAAAAAAUUAGAAUUAAAAGAGGUUUAUAUUCAUUUUUUUAGUGAUGGAAGGGAUACAAGUCCAAUAUCAAGUAUUAAGUAUGUAGAACAGCUUAUGAACAAAAUCAAAGAUAUUGGCAUUGGAGAACUUGCUACUAUAGUAGGACGUUACUAUGCAAUGGAUCGAGAUAAACGCUGGGAAAGAAUUACAAUUGCUUUAGAAGGAAUAAUUUAUGGUAUAGGAGAAGAAAAUAGCAAUGCGAUAGAUGUAAUCAAUAGACGAUAUCAAAAGAAUGAAACAGAUGAAUUUUUAAAACCUAUUAUUAUUAAUAAAAAAGGAUGUAUUUCAGAUGGAGAUACUCUCUUUUUUUUUAAUUAUAGAUCAGACAGAGUUCGACAAAUUACACAAGUAUUAGGUGUAGAUUCGACUUUAACAUCUGUCAAAAUCCCCGAAAAUCUUAGUAUUACAACAAUGACUCAAUACAAAGGGGAUUAUCCAUUUCCUAUUGCCUUUCCUCCUCAAAAAAUGGAUAAUGUUUUAGCUGAAUGGCUAUCAAAAAAAGGAAUAUUACAAGCUCAUGUUGCAGAAACCGAAAAAUAUGCACAUGUAACAUUUUUCUUUAAUGGAGGUGUUGAAAAGCAAUUUGAAGGAGAACAACGUGAUAUGAUUCCAUCACCUAAGGUUUCUACAUAUGAUAAAGAUCCUAAAAUGAGCGUUGAUGCUGUAGCUCAAAAAAUUUCUGAAAGAAUUACUGAAAAUAAGUAUCCUUUUAUCAUGUGUAACUUAGCUCCUCCUGAUAUGGUUGGCCAUACUGGUGUAUACGAUGCUACUGUUGAAGCAAUUGAACAUACUGAUAAGGCUAUCGGAACAAUUUAUAAUACUUGUAAAAAAGAAGGAUAUAUUUUAUUGAUCACUGCUGAUCAUGGUAAUGCUGAGGUUAUGAUCGAUGAAAAUGGUAAUCCUCUUACAUCACAUACAUGUAAUCAUGUUCCUUUUAUCUUAUGUAGUGAAAAUUAUACACUACAAAAACAAAUUGGUGCAUUAUGCGAUGUUGCUCCUACCAUAUUAACUUUAAUGGGUAUAGAAAUACCCGAAGAAAUGACUGGAACCUCUCGAUUAGAAAUACAAAAGUAAUAAUCGUCUGUAUUACAUAAAUUUAAACUAUAUAAAAA